AUGGAAACUUUAAUGGACACCAGGACAGCUACCGCAGAGCUGGGCUGGACGGCUAAUCCGGCUUCAGGGUGGGAGGAAGUCAGUGGCUACGAUGAAAACUUGAACACCAUCCGUACCUACCAGGUGUGCAACGUCUUCGAACCCAACCAAAACAACUGGCUGCUCACCACCUUCAUUAACCGUCGAGGGGCCCAUCGCGUCUACACAGAGAUGCGCUUCACUGUGAGAGACUGCAGCAGCCUCCCCAACGUCCCGGGAUCCUGCAAAGAGACCUUCAACUUGUACUACUAUGAGACAGACUCGGUCAUUGCCACCAAGAAGUCAGCCUUCUGGUCUGAGGCCCCCUACCUCAAAGUAGACACCAUUGCUGCAGAUGAAAGUUUCUCCCAGGUGGACUUUGGGGGGAGACUGAUGAAGCCUGCCCUGCAGGGACGUUCAAGGCCAACCAAGAAGCUGAAGGCUGCUUGCACUGUCCUUCCAACAGCCGUUCCCCAUCAGAGGCAUCUCCGAUCUGCACCUGCAGGACUGGCUAUUACCGUGCGGACUUCGACCCCCCAGAAGUGGCAUGCACUAGUGUCCCGUCAGGUCCCCGCAACGUCAUCUCCAUUGUCAACGAGACGUCCAUCAUCCUGGAGUGGCAUCCUCCUCGGGAGACAGGCGGACGGGGUGACACAGCUGGGCCUGACCCAGUGCCGAGUCUCCAUCAGCAGCCUAUGGGCACACACCCCCUACACCUUCGACAUCCAGGCUGUCAACGGCGUGUCCAGCAAGAGUCCCUUCCCCCCACAGCACGUCUCUGUCAACAUCACCACAAACCAAGCUGGAACAAAGCUGCAGCUAGGUGAUGGGCGUUUGGCAUCAUGA